AUGAAGAUCUUCGUGAAGACCCUGACCCGCAAGACCAUCACUCUUGAGGUUGAACCCAGUGAUACUAUCGAGAACGUCAAAGCCAAAAUCCAGGAGAAGGAAGCAUCCAGAAAGAGUCCACUGCACUUGGUGAUGUGUCUGCGGGGGGGUCUCAUCGAGACUUCCCUUAGCCAAUUGAUUCAGAAGUACAACUCUGACAAGAUGAUCUGCCGCAAGUGUUAUGCCCGCCUGCACUCCCCCGUUGUAAACUGCCGUAAGAAGUGCGGCCACACCAACACUCUACGCCCCAAAAAGAAGGUCAAAUAA